UAAAAAAACUGUUAUUAAAGUCAAUUUUUGAGGUAGGAUUGGUCGGGAAGUAAGCGGGAUAUUACUGAGAUAAACAGUUAACGGUUAUCUUGUAUUUGGAAUUUUGGAUCAGGGUAAAAAAGAAUUUCAUUGACCGAUGGCUUCACUUGAUCGAUGUCAGUCAAGAAAAAGAUCGGGCGAAUUACACUUGAUUUUCGGCCCGAUGUUUUCUGGUAAAACGUCCGAGCUUUUAAAGAGGAUCAGACUGUACAAGCUGUCUGAUAGUGCGUGCGUGAUAGUGCGAUAUGCCAAAGACACGAGGUACACGAGGCACAUAGCCACACACGAUGGGCUUGCCACCCAGGCGAUACCUGCCGUCGAUCUGGCCAGUGUGAUGUGCCAAAUUCAAGAGUACGACGUUAUCGGGAUCGACGAAGCCCAAUUUUUUACAGAUAUUGAGGUGUGCGUCAGACAGCUUAUUGAAAUGGGGAAAAUAGUCAUUGUCGAUGGGUUGGAUGCAACUUAUAGAAGGACGGCAUUUCAGAACAUGCUCAAUCUUGUUCCGCUUUCAUGUUCUGUUGUCAAGCUCUCGGCUGUGUGCAUGUCAUGUGGAAGCAAAGCUUCAUUCACAAAGAGGAUAGGAAUAGAGACAGAUAUUGAAGUGAUUGGAGGGUUUGAAAAAUAUAUGGCUGUUUGUCGGGAGUGCUAUAAACAACCUUGUCCAGAGAAAUCGUCCCCAUUCAAGAAGCUUGAAAAAUUGGAGUAUAGAUUGAACAGGCUGGAAAACAUGAAUCUUCAGAAUUGCAAAAGGGAAUUGACUGGAUUGUGAUAUUGAUUUUAUUAUUAGGGUUUUUUAAUUAAAUAUUUUUUGUUUUUAGAAAUGUAAGUUUUUGAGACAUGAAUUUGUAAAACUGUUAAGAUUUGUAUUUUUGUAAUACAUAACAUUUGUAGUUGCAA